AUGGGUGUUAACCAAAGUGUCUGGAUGGCGAACGACAGCGGACAAGAUAUCUACAUCAUAGCAGCUCCCAACCCCGACUGGGCCAUUGCCGAUAUCGUCACCGACGUCGCCCUCAUUUUCGUGGGCCUCACAGAGCUCAAAGCCGUCUUCACCGCCGCUGAAUUACCCGCGACCAUUGCUUCCCUCCGAGACCUAUACGAAUUCGUCAAGAUCACGGGAACGCUGCUCUCGGGAUCGUUCAGCGUCGGUACUCGCCCCACCGAAGCUGCAUUGAAGGUCAUCGAGGCCGUGAAGAAGAACUCCAUCCCUAUCGCAGCCGGGGAUCACAAAAAUAUCAAGGACGAGAACUUUUUGUCCAUGUACCUCAAUGCGAGCGGGAUUGCGGGUAUGUUGGGCGCGAGCACGGUGUCGGUGAUGGUCAUGAGCGGGGAUGGGAAGCAGGUCGCGUUGUAUAAUACGCCUCCGGAUGAUUCGUGGAUCGCGACGAGGGAGCAGAAGAUAGUUAGGUCGAAGUACGGGAGUAUCUGGCAAAAGGACCCUGGGGCUGGAUCAGUCGACUGGCCUAUCAGCCAAGCUUAG